AUGAACACCUUCAGCCCACAACAACACACCGAGAACCGCCUUCGCUGGAGCCCAGCUCUCAAAGGCCUUCCUCCGCUCGUGUCAAUUGCAUUCCCAGCCCUUAUCUACCUCAUCUUCGGCAAAGAUCGUUUCGAAGAGAACCCUUUCCUCAAAUUCAUCACACUGCUUCUCCCCCUUUCAUAUUCAGCAGCCCACCAUCUUUUUCUGGUCCACACCAGCUGGAACAGGAGCAACAAGCCAGAGGGUAUUCUGCACAGCAUAUCCUACUACACCCUCAAUCUCCUGCUUCUUACAUUCGCCACCAUCUCCAUUCUUUCAAUCAUUGCGUUCCCCUUUGAUGAAUGGGAAGGCGAUGAUUCAUACUACUGUUCCAUCAUCCUUCCCUCUUUUUUCAUGCCAUCCGUCUAUCUCCUCUCCACCUCCUGCUGCCUUGUUCCAGGACGGAUCGGAUUCACAGACACUGGUAUCAACGUCCCUAUCGGCAUGUCGAUACUACUAUGCCCUGCAGUAAGCUUCGUGCUUGUGUGUAAGGAAUCAGAGUACCACCUUCUCCCUGCAAUCUUAUUUCCCAUACUUAUCCUGAUCCGAUUGUUCAAGGAGAAGUGCUUCCCAUCUGAAAAGAAUGCCCUGCCUACUGCACCAUGGAGAACGGCUAUCUUUGUUUUCAUCCUCAUCCUUUCCAUCUUUAUCUAUACACUUAUGGCACGUGUAUUUGUGAUCUCCCUCUAUGACUAUCUAAGCAGGACAGUCUUCUAUUCAAACACCGCUCCCGUCCUCCGCCCAGACAGAAUUCUCAGCCUACUAUAA